CACGUCGGAGUCCACCCACCCGUGGGGCUAGGGUCCGUUAGGGUUCUGUUUCCGCUUUUUGCCCCUUAUCGCUCCGCUUCGUUUCCCGAGUCGCGACUGUAGUCGAAAAUGUUUGGCGCGAAUCCGCGGGGAAUUCGAACGAGGAGAAUAAAAAGUUCCCGCGGCCCCCCAUGGCUUUCUCCCAUCCUCCCUCCCGACGCGAGCGGCUGGCUAGGGUUCGUUUCGUGGUUUGUUGCUUCGUUUGGGAUAUCUGGAUUCCAGGAUUCGGAUUCUGGCGCUUGUUUUCCGGUGCGGAGGUGAAGACGGCCUGGAGGCGGAUGGUAGAGCUAUCUUCUCCAAGUUUAGAAUGGUUGAAGGGAUACUGAAGAAGCAUAAGGAUUUCUGAUUUAUUUGUGUAUUCUAUGAGUGUUGAAUCUAUGGCUUUCAAACAAAAGAAGCGAGUGAAGAACACAAAGAACAAGUACCUAAAACCUGGUGCGCUUGCUCAGAUCCGAUAUAGCAGGAGCUCAAGCAAAUCGUGCACGGAUAUUGGGAAGAAAAGGAUCGUGUUGCAGUCAGAGAAGGCGAAGAUUGAUCUACUUAAUCGGGAUGAGGUCAUUCAGAGCGAUUCACCGAUCGUGUCUCCCAUUAGGGUCAGCUCUCAUCUCGCAAUGGAUGAUGCUAAGCAGCAGAAGCUUCCUCUGACACCUAAAACACCACAGAGUGCAGAUUGUGAUAGUCAAUCAAGACUCGAAUCUCUUCCUAUGGAUAUUCUGGUCAAAAUCCUCUGCCACCUGCAUCAUGAUCAGCUACGAGCUGUUUUCCAUGUUUCCCAGAGAAUUCGAACAGCUGUACUACUGGCCAGGCAAUUGCAUUUCAAUUACACGACCCCAGACCGGUCCAGGCAAGAGAUGCUCAACACCAAGACUCCGGUGCCGACCGAACAUUGGCCUUUUGUGAGCAAGGCAAAUGGAAAGAGGCCAACCCCGCACACACCGAAAGCUCCAAGACACGGCCCUCGUCCUCGCCUGCACCUGAUGGACAUGAGGCAGAUCGCAGCUGUCCUGUUCCAGGAGUCGACACUCCGUCCGGGGCGAAUCAUGCCACCGGGUCUGCCGAGGCCAAUCUUCAAGCCCGUAGCUUCCACUCGAGUUCUGUUCUACGAGGACGAGCUGUGUCAGGCAGUAGCCCAGAAUAAGCUUCGCUGAGGUUUUCCCCUAUAUUUCAGCCUAUCAUAUGUAUAUGCCUUUUGGUCGUUCAUAAUCUGUAGGUGAGGUAGGAUUAUGAGCAAAGAACAAGUUGGCUACAAGUGCAUUAAAGAGGCAUCUGGCUUCUUUGUAUAGGUAGUUCUUCCUAUAUAUAUAUAUAUACACCAUGUUUUGCUUGGAUAAAGGCUGGGUUCUUGUAUAGAUCUUCCUAUAUAAAGUGUUUUGUUUGCCUC